AUGUCAAGGGAGCGCGAGAGUAACAGUACAGCCAGCGAUGCUCGAACCCCGCGCUCCCCUGACCGAAAACGGCCCGCUUUGCGGCAGGGCCGCUCCAAACGCGGCGGGUCACAGCUCCGGGGAAGGGGGGGGGCCGGCGGGCUGCUGCUGGGGCCCUGCGCCGAGCAGGACGGGCUGCCGCCCGCGGAGCUGCUGCUCUGCCAGCUGCCCGAGCCGGGCGGCGGCGGGCACGGGCUGGCCGAGGCCCGGGGCUGGCGCUGCUCCUGCUGCCUGCUGGGCACCUGCUGGUACAAGAGCUGCCUCAGCCUGUGCGUGCUGGCCGCCGUCUGCUUCGCCUCGCUGGCCCUGGUGCGCCAGUACCUGCGGGACCUGCUGCUCUGGGCCGAGAGCCUGGACAGCCUGGCCGGCGUGCUGCUCUUCACCGUGGGCUUCAUCGCCGUGUCCUUCCCCUGCGGCUGGGGCUACAUCCUGCUCAACGUGGCCGCCGGCUACCUCUACGGCUUCGUGCUGGGCAUGGGGCUGAUGGUGUUCGGCGUCCUCGUCGGCACCUUUGUCGCCCACGUGGCCUGCAAGCGGCUGCUGGCCCGCUGGGCACGGGCCAGGAUCCAGGGCAGCGGGACGCUCAGUGCCAUCGUCCGUGUGGUGGAGGGCGGCAGCGGCCUCAGGGUGGUGUGUCUGUCGCGGCUGACGCUGAUCCCCUUCGGGGUGCAGAACGCCGUCUUCGCGAUUACAGAUUUAUCACUACCCAAUUACCUGAUGGCUUCUUCACUUGGGCUGCUGCCUACUCAGCUCCUGAACUCGUACUUGGGCACUACCUUGCGCACCAUGGAGGAUGUGAUUGCAGAACAAAGUGUUAGCGGCUAUUUUGUAUUCGGUUUACAGAUUGUCAUAAGCAUAGGACUCUCGUUUUAUGUCGUUCACCGGGCUCAAGUGGAACUCAAUGCAGCUAUUGUAGCGUGUGAAAUGGAAAUGAAGACAUCGCUUGUUAAAGACACUCAGCCGAGCAUCAACGGCUCAACCACGUACUGCAACAAGAGGACAGUAGCAUUCUCUGGAGGGAGUGUCAAUAUUGUGUGAUUUCAAGUAUUAAUGACUAAGAAAGGUUUCGUGGACCUGAGAUAGAAAUAUCUUGAACCUUGCCUGGAGAUCUCUAUGGACAAUCGAAAUAGAUUUUAAAAAAUUACAAGUGAUUACAGGUUGUACUGUGGCACAAACCAACCGACCAGCUCUUUAAUUGCACAUGGGGUGACUUCUAGCAAGACAAGGAAGAUGGCAAAGUAACUUAAGAUGUAAAUGCAAAUUUGGCUACACCUUUGGUCAUUUUUUAUGCCUGUCAUGGCCUGUAGUCUGCACUUUAGUUAUUUUUUCCUUUGCUCCUAUAAACUGAGAAAUGCUUCUAUAUACAAAAAAGUAGCACAGAGGUAAAUAUUUUUCUGCUUAGCAUUAUUUAUAAGGCUAAAUAAUUAUAUACAGUAGAAUUUUAUUACUGAUGAAGGUGAAUGAGAAAGUAUGCAAUUCAACGUAUGUUAUUCUUGAAUGUGCUUUUGCUUUGGAAUUGCUUCCAGAACUUGGAGUGUGUUAUUUAGCUAAUGAUGGGACCAUUUGGCUUUUUCUUCAUUUUUGAUUUAAAAAAAACCAACAGAACCCUAUAUAAAGUUUUGUUUGAAUGUAUUUUUCUAAGUCAUUACAAAUGUUGCAGAGCCAUGCAAAUGUAUUUACACAAGCUUAAAUCCUACAUUGUGGGACUGAAGUGCUCUUAAAUUACAUUUUAAGUUACACUGUGUAAUAUGCAAAGUACAAGGGAAAAUGCAGAUGUUAGAUUGCAAUGACUAUUUGAAUGACACUUAAUUGGUUUUGCCACCUUGGUGAUUGUAACAAAGGGCUGUUCCACGUUAGUCCUAUAUAUGAUAUUUUUAAUUGUUAAAAGGAUGAAGUUUUUCAGCUCACAUGACUGCAUGUGGUAAGGCUUCUAGAGCAGGGAGCUAAGUCUCUGCUCUAAAGAGAAUGAUGGGAUAUUAGCAGUACUAAUUUUACAAGAAGGUGGCCUUUAUUUUGUAGGUGAAUCCCCUCUCCCUUUAAAAAGCUUUAAAAAUUCACUUUGGUUGGCACAUCUUUUGUACUAGUUUUACAUUUUUUAAAAGAUGCAAUCUGUUACAAAUUUCAUCAGAGUGAAGAAAUGAAAACUAAAGGUUCUCCUUGGAAAAAGAAAUAAUCCAGUAAUGGAGAGGACAGCAAUGUCUCUGAGACUCAGGAAUUCUGACUCCAUUUUUGCAAGACAGCACUGUAUUGGAUACUGCUCCUUUUACGCCUGCUGUGGACUGUUUUUCACUGCAUUUAAAUAGACUGGAUAACCUGACAGUAACUUUUGUGUGUGUCAAAAGAAAAAACAACAAUAAUGCCUGAACAAAAUGUUCUGUAUGUGUGAGUUUCAUGUAGAUAUACAUACCAAUGUUCAAUGGCUCAAACACACGCAAGUCAUCUGAUACAAAAAUAAUGUAAAGUAUGGCUUCUUUUGUAGUUAUUUUGUGCAAGUUUUUAAGGAUGCUUUCAGUCUUCAGAAUUUUGUGUUAUUUUCUAACAGUACGAUUGCCUCCCUUUUGUAAGGUUGGUUGUAGGGUCUGAGCAUUUUUGUCAUCUUGAGAAUAGUGGGUCUUCAAGGCCAUUGGGAAGCAGAGGUGUGAGAGCCUCUGACAGCCUUACUGAGAGGAUGUGCGGCACGCGCGUAACCGAACACCUGCGCCUUCCUUCGUAGUGGGAGUUCCAUUUUGUUCCUUAAAUAUGUAUCCUUUGCAGGUUGGUGUUCUUGGGUCCUGCAGCCUAAAGAACUGAACUAGUUCAAUUGAAGCAACAAAGUUCAGAUUGUCUCCUUUCUGGUUUUUUGGGGUUUUUUUUUUUUUUUUUUUUUGG